GUCCGGACUACGGAACCAGUCAAUGCCAAGCACAACUACAAGGGCAACAUCUUCAGAACCCGUCUAUGGCUAGCAGUAGAGAAGUGCUAGUACAACUAGGACAAGGUGGAGAAGGACAACCUACUUCAUCUUCAAGCUCUGUUGCACCUAUCAUGAUCGGCGCAGAACAAGCUCCAGUAGCUCCUGGAGUGGGUAAUCCAGCGGCAUCUGGACCAUCUUCAUCGGCCGACGACGAGGCCUGGCGACGUAGCUUGCAGGUUGGCGACAUAGUCGAGGUAUACAGUCAAGGUCGGCGGACCUGGAUCUCUGCAGAGGUAGUGGAACCCACAGCCCCCGGGAUGGUGUUUGGACCUUACAUCGGUGUGCGGUACCUAGACGGCAGUGGUGAUGGAAAGAACCUCGCCAUCAGCAACGCGAAGAUCAGGCGACCGGCGACGCAAGGACGAGUUGUCGAAACUGGUGUUGUUGGUGUAGGUGAGCAAGUAAGUAGUCGUGCAGCAGUUGUACUAGAGGUUCCUGCUGCUCCGGUAGGACCACCAGUGCCGUCAACAACAGCAUAUCCAACAGAUUCAUCUUCGGGUGUGCAACAAGAAUCAUCUCAAGAGAAACAAAAACCCACACCUGCUCCUACAGCAACGUCCGCGACACCAUACCAGUUCCGACCGGAUAUUCGCAGUGUCGCUGCGGUGGCUCCCCCAUCAAGCAUUGGUCUUGAGAAGCCCCCUGGCUUGUCUUUCCCUAAGUUGUCUGCGGUUGAGCCGCAACCGAUUAUGCCGAAACCAGUGAGGCGGACGUGGGCUUUGCCACAACCUACUGUUGAUGCGCAAGCUGUGGGAAGGCCGAAAACUACAACUGUUAGCCCUAGUGCUGGAGGACUCGUUGGUGGAGGAGGUUCGGUGGUGGGUGUAGGAGUUGCGACUAGCGUUGCUCCCGGUGGUCCCGGUGGAGUAGUGUCACCAAUAAACAAGGGGAAAGAACUUGUUCCUGCAGGAACUAGUAUUAAGGCUCAGCUUUCAAUGGUCAUUGGGGUUGGUCACUGAGAUCCCUCUUGAGAGAACAGGGGAAAAUGAAGGAAAAGCAAAGGGAGAGGCAUGGGGCCCAUUUCUUUCAGAGUCAGUGACCAUUGAAUGCUGAGCUUUAAUAGUACUACUUCUAGUACAACUACCACAAGCGAGAACGAUUCCGCCUCUAGUGCCGCACCAAGCAUGCGCAUUGACACUCGAGAACUAGAGUUUCGCGAGUUGCUAGGCUCCGGUGGCUUCGGCUCGGUGCAUCGAGGUGUGUACAAAGGCGAACAAGUGGCAAUUAAGAAACUAUUUGCCGCUAGUGCCAGUGAUGAGAAGCUGUUCGCUGCUCUCGUUGCUGAGUUUGAGAAGGAGGUGGAAGUGUUGCAGAAGCUAAGGCAUGUUCGACUAGUAGCGAUCAAGGGAGCCUGUGUCUCGAGGGACCAUGGACUGUGCAUGCUCUUGGAGUACAUGCCCCGUGGAAACUUGCACAAUCUUCUGCAUGUAGAGCUACGUGCGUUCAGACCGGAAUACGAAGGGAGAGAUCUGCAAAAAUGUGGCCUCACACCCUCCACCGCGAACCUAGCUGCUCUGUACAUGCGAGAACGCGGCAAGGUCGUAAUGCACAUCGCGGAGGGGAUCAACUUUUUGCAUCAUGGCCUCACGUUUCCAUUCCUACACCGCGAUUUGAAGAGCAUGAACGUGGUACUCGAUCACGAACUGAACGCGAAGCUGUGUGAUUUUGGUUUGACCCAGAGCAUGGAGAAGACUCACGUAACACGGAAGUUAAGGCUUCUAGACACUCACUAUCUGGUGUGAGGUAUGACCUCUCAUCCUUUGACUUCUUAGAGAAAUCAAGAUGGCUAAGUAUGGUCGUUUGGGAUGCAGUAUGAUGGAUGGAAAGAAUGCAAUGCACUCAACCACAGAUAGCGAGCGUCUAGCGUUAAGAAAGGAACAAGAAGGCGGAUCUCCGCGAUACAUGGCACCCGAGCUGUUCGAUGCUGCAGUGAAGCUGACGGAGAAGAUAGACAUUUGGGCAGUGGGUUGUUUAGCCGCUGAAGUGUUCCUACGACGCGCACCUCACGAAGAAUGCACAAACCUUCAGCAAGUGAUGGCAAAACUGCUAGUUCAAAAGAAGUCUCCGUUUUGUACGCGAGAUGGUCUUGCGCGAUUGCGGCCAUUGGCCUUGGAGGAUGUUUAUGGUGAAGUUUGUAUCAAUUGUGACUGUGAGCAGAACUUUUUCCUCUUUUCAAUUUAAAAAUCCCUCAAGGUUUGCUCGAUACAUCUAAUAUUAUUUUCUAUCUUCGUCCUUUCCUCUCUACGACAGCACUACACGCAUGAUCUUCAACAGUUGAACCCUAUCCUUCAUAAGCCGGUGGAAGAGUGCUUGCGGUUUGAGCCGAAGAGCCGUUGCUCUGCCGCAUCCUUGCUGAAGCGACUUACUGAGCGAUUGCGGUUGUAGCUGCAACGACUCACAUAUCCAUGAGGAUGAAGCCACGAGGUUCUUAGCGAAAUGUUGAGUUCAUUUUGAGCGCAAACGCACUUUCCUUCCUUCGCAGAAUUAGCCGACAGAUAACAGACGCAAGAUGAAAAGGAAAAAAGGGUCUAUUUAU